GCCCCGCAAUGCCGGAAGGUGACGGGAUCGGGGGAGGAGGUGCUGGAGGAGAAUCCCUUUUACGGGAAGUACCGUCAUAAGAUCCAGGAGCUGCGCAGGUCCAAUCCGGCUGUGUUUGAAUCCCGGAUGGAAAAAAGAAAUGAAGUGAAAAAGCAGCCCGUGGGGUGUUCGAAGCAAUCAGAGUUUGUCAGACGCAUGGAAGAAAAGGCAGAAGACCUGAGCACAAGGACAUCAGGAUUCACACGAUAUAAGACGCUUGAUUCAAUUCUUAAUGUUGAGAUGGUGAAAGAGAAAUCAGCAGAGGAAAUAAAGCAGAUUUGGAAUCAGUACUUUUCUGCAAAAGAUACGGUUUAUGCUGUAAUUCCUGCAGAGAAGUUUGAUUUAAUAUGGAAGAGAGCCCAGAAGUGUCCAUCGUUUCUGUAUGCUUUGCCAAGAAAAGAAGGCUAUGAGUUCUUUGUGGGGCAGUGGUCAGGAACAGAACUUCACUUUACUUCUCUAAUAAACAUUCAGACCCAAGGUGAAGCUGCUCCUAGCCAGUUGGUCUUGUACCAUUAUCCUGAGUUGCAGGAGGAGAAAGGAAUAGUACUAAUGACUGCAGAAAUGGACUCCAAGUUCUUGGUGGUCCCCGAAGCACAGUGCUUGGCGAAUCAGGUGCAGCUCUUCUAUGCAACGGAUUGUUCUGAGACCUAUGAAUUAGUGGAGACCUUCAACCACAGAUCCAGUGAAUUUAAAUACAUGUCAGUUAUAGCAAAGCUUGAGCACAGCGGCCUUGGAAAGGCACUGAGACCUAAUCAGGUUUCUGACACGUCGUAGAGCCUGACCUGCGAGUGAAGGAGUCAGCAGCAGGAGGGGGGGAGUUCUCAUCUGGGAUGCUUCCCAUCUCUUGUUUUGUGAAUUUGAGCUACAAAAGGGAUCUGGAAACAUGCUGGGACUGUGGUCAUCGAGUCUGGCACUGAUGCAAGAUGAGGACUUGGGUCAUUUGGGCAGUGGUAACUAAUUGCUGGGCUGAAGCACUGCAUUUUGGCAUAACUUUGUCAGAAUGAGCAAUUCUCUCAUCUCUGAUUUAUGCUGCAUGCUGUAUUUUAUUUUGAAAUCUGAAAUGUCAAAAGGGCAGCUAUAUAAUGAAGUGCGUAGACAUCAAGAGAGAGAGCAAAAGAUGUUUCUUCUCUGUAAAUGCAUUUAAAAUGCUGUCUGCCAUUAUAAUUGCAUGGUCUAGUGCUUUUAAUUUGUGAAGAAUUUAUGCAGAAUUGUCUAUCAAGAAAAAAGAAUAGGUCUGAUGGUCUAAAACAGACUCCUCAUUGUUACUUUGUGUGUGAGGUGCCUUGUGCAGAUGUGUACCAAGGCCUGUGCCGGUUUUUCAGGGACUGAAGAACAAAGUGCUUGGAUUUGUUCUGGGAGUGUUUUGCUUCUUAAUUGAUAUAUUCAUUUCAUCUUGUUGGGUUUCUUAGAGACGUGUUGCUUGAGGAACAGGAAAACAAGUUCUUAUUUCUGCAUAUUUUUGAGUAGUGAAGAGGAAUUACCACAUGCCUUUUGGAGUGAUUUUUCUCAGGCUGGUACCCACACAGCCAACUCUACAAAUGGUAUUUAAAGAGACAAAAAAAAAAAAAAUAGCUCCUGUCCCCAUAUCAGGAAAGCUGCUAUCUAUGAUGAAAUGGCAUAAUAAGAGAGCCACCACCCCGUUGCUAAAUGACAACUGGUGUGAAUAUGUGCACCUGCUUUAACACAGCAGUGUUUGUAGGAACCUGCCUUCGUGGGCUGCAGCAGGGUAGCUUUUUUUAAACCUUCUUUCAACAGAAAGAUCCCAAAGCAUUUGUGUUUUGAGCUUUUCUUGCUUUCGUCUCCAGCAGAGGCAGCCAGUGCAUCCUCCUUUGCCAAAGAAGCAGAGGCAUGAAGGAUAAGCCACUUGUCUGUCUGUCAGAAGAGCAGCAACUUUUGGGGCUGUCCUCAACUGUGACCCAAUACGGGUUUGAUGAGUUAGAUGAGUUACACAAUGUGUUUGCUAGUGUAGCUACAGAGACCUGUCACGCCAUGUGUUCUCAGCCCAUUCUUUGGAUGUGAGCAAUGCUCAGCUGAGUUCUGAAGAUAGAUAGUGAGAUUUCAUCAUUGAGGUCUGUUCUGGCAGUGAUCUGUACGUGUUGAUGUGAACUGUUGUCCAUUCAGGGAAAUAAAAGAUGCUUCUAGAAGAGGUAAAACUUCA